AUGAGUUUAAUUUUAUUAGUCAUUAUUUAUAAGAGUUUUUCACAAAAACCUCCAACAUUCUAUGGAUUACUUCCAAAGAAAAGCAUUCAACCUCUUUCAUCUAGUGAAAUACCAACAAGACUACAAAAAAAUAACACAUUCUAUCCAUUUAUAUUAAAUGAAAUUCCAUCUUCAUUAUCAUAUUGUGGCACUUAUCGUAAACGAAAUCCUCAUAAAACUGAAGAUUAUUGUAUAAAACAAACAAUGAAUCAAGGAGAAUGUGGUGGAUGUUAUGCAAUGGCAUUAGCACAAGUUUUACAAGCACAUUACACACACUUGACAUUAAAACAUCAAGCAUUCAGCACACAACAAAUCAUUGAUUGUUCAAACAAUAAUGGUUGUAGUGGAGGAUGGCCUGCAAGUGUCUUAGAGUCACUUCAAUACUUUGUUUCAGAAAUUGAAUAUCCUUAUCGAUUGAUUACAAUCAAUGGAAAUUCAACAAAUAAUUACAAAAAGGAAUGUAUAAGAGGAAGAAGAACAAAAAUCCAUGUUAGUGAUUAUAAAGAAGUUAUUGGACCAAUCACUUUUGAACAAAUCAAAGUCUUACUCAUUGAAUAUGGACCAUUUAUUGGAAUGAUUUAUAGUAAUGAUCAAUUAAGAAAAUAUUCAGGUGGGAUAUUACAUUUAGAUUGUCCUGUUGUUCCAACACUUAACCAUGCAAUCAUUGUUGUUGGAUAUGGACAAGAAAAUCAAGAGAAAUAUAUCAUUAUUAGAAAUUCAUGGGGAAAUUCAUGGGGAGAAAUGGGAUAUGCUAGAAUAUCAAUGAACGAUUUAUGUGGAUUAGAUGGAAUAAAAUAUUCAGACUAUCCAACAAUUUUGUAUUUGAAAACACAAUGUUUGUUCUUAUUUUUUUCUUUAAAUAUCAUAACUCAUAACGUCAUAGUACCACAACAAGUUUAUUCGAAUUAUUGA